CAAUGGAACACACAAUCGCCCUGAAGUUACUGCUGCUUUUGCUGUUUGGGGAGUCACUGGCACUCCAGCUGCCAAGCUCCGAAAGCCCCUCCAGAUCCUUCGGCACCCCACUGGAGUCCGUUUCCACCAAAGUGCUGAUCCUCUCCAGCGUGGUCGUGCUCACCUGUGUCUGGCUGGGAUGCUCCUACUUCAUGGCCAGUCACCAGCAGAAGGCAGUGGAGUACCUCCAGAAGCAGCUCGACGAACUGUGGCUGCUGCAGGCGAAGCCCUCCGUCUGGCCACAUGCCCCCUUCAUCCCCAAUCCCCGGGAGCCGAAUCCGCCGGAGUACAUUCCGCCCAAGGAUCCGCAGGAACAGGAACAGGAGGCCAUCGAGGCGCAGGAGAGGGCCGAAAAGGCCCGGUCAUUCUUGGAGGCCAGAAGCAGCGAAAAAUAGUGAGAUUGGGUGAAGAUCAGGCAUAUUACAUACUUUUCUUGGGAAAUUAUAAAAAAAUUAAAAUUAAAUUAAAAUAAAUUAACAAUCCAAAAAAAAAAAAUUAAUUAAAUUAAUCUUGUUCUUCUUAAAUUAAAAAUUCCUAAAUUUUA